UGUAAGAAGAAGCACACCCUGGUGUGUCCAGACUUCUCCAAGUCGGGCUCCUGCCCCCGAGGCCCCCGCUGUAAGCUGCAGCACCGCCAGCGAGUCAAGCGGAGCCCCGGCAGCUCCUCCUGCCCUCCUGCCAGGAGAGCUCGCACCAAGGAGCCUUUAAAGCGGCCUCGUCUGACGCUCGACAUGCCGCAGAACGCUCAGGCAGAUCCAGGGACGCCCGCCGCGGGUCCUCUGGCGCUGCCCUCCUUCAUCUCCCUGUCCAGCUCUCCGGAGGAGGCGGAUGGACCGGACCCUCGGCUGGCUGACGUGGCUCCGGUCAAAG